AUGAAGAAGAAGGACAUGUAUCUCCGACAUGCGCCCGAAGAAUGGCAGGAAGACGGAGAGAAGUUCUAUCAAGCAUCUGUUCUCUUAGAGUCCAAUAAUGGUUGCCAGUUCAACCUCACUGUCAAUGUGUCGGAUACCGCCCUUACUACGGAUUGGAUUUCCUGGAGCGACAUCAACAAUGUCACAUCGGACGACUACUCCAUGUCAGAUGCUAUCGUUCAAUGGAAUGAACACUGCCACGAGGAUGAGAUUAUCAUAAUGAGUUCGCCGUGGUGGCCCAGGCAGGAUAUCACGCCGACCGACAAAUUCCUACAAAACAUGACGAUGCUUGCAUAUGCAUGUCAUUCAAGCCAUAACAUGGCCACCAUCCCAGCUCGUGCCACAGCCUCAUCAGGGACAUUGUCCGUCGAGUUCGACGAGAAUCUUUUCCACCAAAUUCGCACGCCAGUUCCCCCGACCGUCUUUGACUUACUCGAACUACGCAAGGCUUAUACGGACAUUAAAUGGAGCGAUUUCGUCCCCCACGAGACCAAGACGUCUGACAUCGAGAUUGACUUAUAUGAUGUUCCCUUUACGGGCCCAGCUGCGAUCUUGGGUGAACCAUACAACUUCAGUAUCCCACGCAUGAUGGCUGAUUCUCAACUGCCUGUAGUCGCUGCUCAAUUCAGACGUCGCUUCUUCGCAGAAAUUGUUGGUGGUUCUCUGCAACGCACGGAAGUUUUAGAGGAACGUUCUACGGCUGGUCAUCGACUUGGAUCUGUCCGGACAGUGCUAGUCAGCGGGCAAGCCGCCUGCAUUAUAUGUGCUCUGUUACUCAUUUGCUUUGUAUUCUUUCUAGGCAUCCUGUGGGGGACGCGAGCGGCUAAGACAACUCUUAACAUUAGCCAAGAUCCAAGUACACUGCUGGGCACAAGUAUAUGGGGCAGCGGUGAUGCGAUAGUGUUGCGCGGUUUCACAAAACUCGACCUCGCCACAAGAAAGACAUUGAAAGAAGAACUUGCUGGAAAGGUCUUCUAUUCCAAGCAUGGCAAGCUUCGAGAAAGUGAGGCCAACAUCCAGGACGAUCAUGAGAAAAAAACAAGAGUGCAGUCCUAUGACAUCGCACCUGUAUUACCCAUGCUACGACUACGUAACCUGACUUUUCUCAUUCUUUACAUCCUUGCUCUUCUUGCUGGAAUCGUAGUGCUUUACGUCUACGCGCGGAGCUGUGAUCAAGUCACAAUCGCCAUGUCCGCUCUCUUUGACUCGGGUAAUGGCGUCUUGACUACUUCCUCGGAAAUGCCCCUAGCAUUGGAACUGCGCAGUGUUCCAUUCGUGCAACAAAUAUCGGUAAACAGAGAUCAACCUACCUGGCUGUUCAACUACACCAUCGACGAGAAGAGUUUCUCAAGCGACCUUGGCGACUUGGUGUGGGACAAUCUGCAGAGCCUGUCAAAAGACUGGAUGUACACCGCUAUUAUACAUACUGCGCUAGAGGGCCCAAAACCAGUAUGGAGCCAGGAUGAUUGGAGUUUUGUGCCUGUAUCUUCUGAUGUGGAAGGCUUCGCCUCGGCUGAGAACAAGAGUGCAGCAGAUAGGGGUGACCGCUCCGUGGAGAGCCUGAGAGUCCAAACACCUGCGAUUCGUGCUCGCCUGGAAUGCAGUGCUGUUGAGUGGCCCAGAAACACGAGCCUGUGGCUUCUGUCGCACAACGACGGAUAUGGACGUAACAUUACUGGACUAGACAACUAUUUCACAAUAGCACGAGUCGUUGACGAUCGCAAUUCCACGACGUGGCUUUCUACCCAAGGCAGCAUUCCACCGUGCUGCGCCAAUCUCACUGGAAACGCAACGUACAAUCCAGGCGCAGUUGCUUAUUGGACGGAGAAUUGGGAGGAAGUCUCUGGCCCCGAAGACAGUCGCGAUUAUCGUACAUCUGGAAACUUUACAGUCAAAUGGAUCCGAGGCUCUGGAAAGGUUGAACGAUUCCUCACGGGUAUGCGCCGUAAGCCGGAUGUAUACAUGUUCGUAUUUCCAGAGCCGCCCGCUAUACAGGCAUUGAACUGCAUGCCUAUCUUUGAGUCGAGCCAAGCAGAAGUUACAGUGGAGCCCAAAACCGGUGUCGUACAACACUACCGCAUCCUUGACGUUCCUGUUCGGGAGGAUGUCGCUUGGUCUGAUACAUCCCAAUGGCGUGACCCUUACGAAGACGCUCGUUACACCAAUUUUAAUAUCCAUCAUGACCCUGACUUUGAGGUCAAUAGCUCUGAAUGGAGGGCUAGCAGUUUCAAGUCUUAUGACUACAAUAUCAACACAACUACUAGUUACGGGCCCUUGUUCGUGCAAUGGCUUUUGAAUGCCGCAAAUAUUGAUGGGCCUUCCUCUAAGAGUCCACCCAGAACAUACGAGAACUCCCCAAGACCCAACCCUCAAUAUUCAGAUGGCAGGGCCUUCAAUAUGCGAGAUAACACAACAGGUCUCAAUCUCGAUUUCAUGUCGUACGCCGCUUACGCACAAGUGGGAUUUAAUCCUACCGCCCUACUAGAUCCGGAAGUCUUGGCUAGAACAUCCUCAACUGUCUUCUCGACCUUCUUUCAGCACUUUGUAAACAGCAAUCUGUCUCGCGAAUCCGGCGGAUAUGUCUACCAACCUAGGGGCACGAAGCUCAAAAUCAACGCCCCAAUGGAUGACAUGCCAGUCCAGUACAUGCCUGAUGGUUCCAUAGCGCCAAAGUUCGAAGACAUUGUCCGCAACACCAAUGCAACAACAACAGCGGAAUUGAGCACCCAGGUCGAGGUUCUCCAAAUGAAUCUUGUCGCGUUCUGGAUCGCCACAAGCAUUCUAAUCUGGCUUAUCAUCACCAUCGUUAUCCUCGGAUCCGUGCAAAGAAAAUACUACGGCGGUAUGAUGCGCAACAUCGAAUGCAUUGCCGACGUGUUGGUUCUUAUUGCUGGAAGCGAACGUUUGCUUGAAGUUAUGAGAGAAAAGGGCUUCGAUACUAUAGUCAAGGAGGACAAGAUGUUGACGCGUAUGGGAUGGUUUCGAGAUGUUGAUGGAACUAUGCGAUGGCGGAUUGACUUGGUUGAGGAAAAGCAAGUUAAGGUGCAGCCUAUUCGUUUGGGCCCUGGGUAUACGCCCGUAAUGGAUGGCGAUGGGGUGCGUGACGUAGAUGCUGUGUCGGAUCGUAGCGUCUCACCACCGGGUAGCAACGACGAAGGCCAUGUAGAUGCUGCGUCGGGCGCUGGCGUCACUAGGUCGGGAUGA